AUGUAAAAGAUAAAUAAUAAGCUCAAUCUUUUAAGAGAGUUGAUGGCUUAAAGGUCCAUCUAAGCAUAUUUAGUGCCUCAUAGCGAUGCUCAUGAUGUAUAAUUAAGUCUUAAAAUUAUAGUCUGAAUAUACAUCUGACUCAGAUGAACGAUUAGCUUUUAUAUCAGGAUUUGAUGGAUCUGCAGGAAUAGGAUUAAUCACAAAUACAAUAGCUUAUUUGUGGACAGAUUCAAGAUACUAUUUAUAAGCUACAAAAUAAUUGGAGCAUGGAUGGGAAUUAUAGAAAUUGGAACCUGGUGUGCCAACAUGGGUUGAACAUGCAAAGGCUAAUUUGAAAGGAUAAGCUAUAGGUUAUGAUCCCUUAUUGAUUAGUCAUUGUAUUAUUAUCAUAUUAUAUUAAAGAGCUUAAAAAAACAAGGGGAGCCUCUUUGGAAGAUGUAGAAUUCAAAGCAAUCAAUGAAAAUUUGAUUGAUUUGAUUUGGACAAAUAAGCCUUAAGAUUCAUUAUCUGAGGUCAUUAUACAUGAAUUAGAGUAUCAUCAAUAUCCAACAACUAAAAAGAUUUCUUAAAUAUUUGAAAAUCUAAAAUAAAAAUAAGCAAAAUCUAUUCUUAUUUCCAAAUUAGAUUAAAUAGCAUGGGUAUUAAAUUUGAGAGGAAAUGAUAUUAAAUUUAAUCCUCUAUUUAAGAGUUAUUUAUAUCUAAAGGAUGAUAAUACUGGAACUUUGUUUAUUAAUCCAACAAAGAUCAAUUAAUAAGUCAAAUAGUACUUAACUGAAAACAAUAUUGAAAUUAAAUCAAUUUAAGAUGUAUUUAAUGAGAAAUUCAUUAAUACAGCAGUAACUCCUGCUGAAAUAAAUCAUAGAUUAAUUUAAUAGGUUGAAGAUCCAAUUGUUUUAAAUGCAUGUCCAAUUGAACUAUUAAAAGCUAUUAAAAAUGAAAGAGAAAUAUAAGGAUUUAAGGAAUCACAUAUAAGAGAUGGUGCUGCCUUAGUACAUUAUUUAGGAUGGCUUGAAAAAUAAUUACUUGAUGGUGAAGUUUUGGAUGAAUUCUAAGCAGCUACAAAAUUGGCAUAAUAUCGUUUUAAAUAAAGUCGUAAUAUGGGAUUAUCAUUUGAUUCUAUUUCAAGCAGUGGAGCCAAUGCUGCCAUUGUUCAUUAUCAUCCAACUGAGAAUAAUAAAUCUAUCAUAAAUCCUAAUCACAUCUAUUUGAUUGAUUCAGGUGGUUAAUACUUAGAUGGAACUACUGAUGUAACAAGAACUUAUCAUUUCACAUAACCUACAGUAGAAGAAAGGAAUGCUUACACUAGAGUGCUUUUAGGUAAUUUGGAUAUAGAAAGAUUGAAAUGGCCUUAGAAGAGUAAGAUUCAUGGAGGAGAUAUGGAUGUAUUAGCAAGAAGAUGGUUAUGGGAAGCUAAUUUAGAUUAUGGACAUGGUACUGGACAUGGAGUUGGAUAUUUUUUGAAUGUUCAUGAAGGACCUCAUGGAAUAAGUAAAUAUAGAACUGAAGUAUUUUAACCUGGUAUGAUCGUAUCUAAUGGUAAAAUGUAAUUAUUAUCAAUCUUUAGAGCCUGGAUAUUAUGAAGAAGGUAAGUUUGGCAUAAGGAUUGAGAAUCUUAUUCUCUGUGUUAAAGUCAAUAAUCAAUUCUUGGGAUUUGAGAAUUUGACUUAUUGUCCAUAUGACAGAAACCUCAUCAAUCUAGAUUUAUUGAGUCCUAGAGAUAGAAAUUACAUUGAUUAAUAUCAUGCCGUGGUAAGAAAAACAUUAUUGCCUUUGAUGGAAGAAUAAAUAGCUAAAGAUUGGUUAAUCAAAAUGACAGAACCUUUAUGAU